AUGGUUUCCAUCAUGGUUUUCUUGGUGUCUUCGAUUUUCAUUUGCAGUGUGCUAUGGUAUGCUUCCCGUACUUUCAUCCGCAAAUUGGACGAACGUUUCAUGUUUCUUUCGAGAAAGCCCAGAAAAUUUGAGUACAAACGCAACUUGAAAGGUACUCGGUAUCUUGUGAUGAACGGGUGCUCUGCAGUUGGAAGAGCAGCCUUGCAAAACUUGGCAGACAGAGGCGCCUCUUUGCAUUUGAUCCAUUCUCCUAAGGAAGAGAUCAUUUACAAUGAUUUGGCAGUCAACUUAAGGAAGAACGCCAAAAAGUGCACCAUUGUACUCGAGAGAUGUGAUAUACUGCUGUGGAAAUCUAUUGACGAGCUUUCAGAAACCCUCUCUGAAUCGGCAAUCAAGUUUUCUAGCUUCUUGUAUUUCCCAACGGAGGGUGCUUCUAUAGACUCAGAUUUAGGGGAUAUGUCCUAUUGCUUUCUGAAGUUGAACCUAGCUUUGGACUUGGAGUUUAAUAAACCAAGUCCUCGUGUCGUAUUUGCUGCAGAGUUUGGUGGUCAUCCCUAUCGCCGAGAUGAAACGUAUGACGCGGUCUUCACUGAAUUGGAAGAUUGGCAAGAUCAUGAAGCAUAUCACAGUUGUCCGUUGCCUGCGCCAAAAGUGGCUUUUGCAAAUACAGGGUGUAUCUGGAAUGACUCACGGUUCUCUUUUGCUUAUACGCUUCAUUGGCUCGGUCACAAGAUGAAAGCUCGUAUGCCAUGUCACCAAGGAGAGAAUUCCGUGAUACAUGCAUUACUAUCAAAAGAGAAAGAAUCAAAGGCGGAUGGCGUCUAUUUCGUCAAUGAUAGCGAGUGGUGCACAGCACCUCAUUUUGAGAGGGUAGACUCGAAAGGAAAAAAGAUUGUUGACUUUCAACUUAGAGUUACACCUGAGCUUGAAGAAUAUCGUGGAAAACCUAGAGAAGUCUAUUUCGAGUAUUGCAAAAAGAAAUCCCGUGAGAAAAAAAUUGCCCGGCGCAAGGAGUUAGGAUUGCCGGACUGGUUUGAUUAUGAAACAGAAGACGCUGAUCCGAAAGGUUCAGUCAAAGGAGUUCAUCAGCCCGAAGAUAUUCUGAGUGUCGCUGCUACAAACAGUAGCAAAGACUCGAAACCUAGCCUUGUUGAAAUUACUACCAUUGACGAGAAAGACUCGAGCAAAAGCGCCCCAUCUCAAUCACUGGCUGUAUCGAGUGGUCAGCUGGAGGCCCUUGCUUCUUCGAUCACGAGAAUUGAGAAGACUCUUCUUGAAAUGAACUUCAAGCCGGAGUUAGAAGUCAUCUCUUCGUCAAUUACGAGAUUAGAGAAAAAUCUGGACAAAAUCAUGAUGGUCCUAGAUGCCAUCUGCUCCCUGAUGACGAGAACGGAGACAGAUCAUGUAUCCUUGCCAGAUCAAGAGAAGAACUCAGAAGGGGAUGGACAAAACAUUGUCCUUUCUCAGGAGUUGGCUGAUCACUCUGAGACGCCUGAAAAUGUUUCUAGUCAAGAAAUUGACCAAUAG